AUGUCCGCGACCGCCUACAUGGACUUCGUGGCUGCCCAGUGUCUGGUUUCCAUUUCGAACCGCGCUGCGGUGCCGGAGCAUGGGGGCGCUCCGGACGCCGAGCGGCUGCGACUACCUGAGCGCGAGGUGACCAAGGAGCAUGGUGACCCGGGGGACACCUGGAAGGAUUACUGCACGCUGGUCACCAUCGCCAAGAGCUUGUUGGACCUGAACAAGUACCGACCCAUCCAGACCCCCUCGGUGUGCAGCGACAGCCUGGAGAGUCCAGAUGAGGAUAUGGGAUCCGACAGCGACGUGACCACCGAAUCUGGGUCGAGUCCUUCCCACAGCCCGGAGGAGAGACAGGAUCCUGGCAGCGCGCCCAGCCCGCUCUCCCUCCUCCACCCUGGAGUGGCUGCGAAGGGGAAACACGCCUCCGAAAAGAGGCACAAGUGCCCCUACAGUGGCUGUGGGAAAGUCUAUGGAAAAUCCUCCCAUCUCAAAGCCCAUUACAGAGUGCAUACAGGUGAACGGCCCUUUCCCUGCACCUGGCCAGACUGCCUUAAAAAGUUCUCUCGCUCCGACGAGCUGACCCGCCACUACCGGACCCACACGGGGGAGAAGCAGUUCCGCUGUCCGCUGUGUGAGAAGCGCUUCAUGAGGAGCGACCACCUGACCAAGCACGCCCGGCGGCACACGGAGUUCCACCCCAGCAUGAUCAAGCGAUCCAAAAAGGCGCUGGCCAACCCUUUGUGAGGUGCUGCCCACCCGAGCCAGGGAGGGACGGACCCGGAAGGACGAGCUACUCCCAGCGAACAGACAGGUGGGAACCACGGCCCAGAAGAGGCGCGCUGCCAGCACGGGAGGUCGCUGUUCUUUGGUCACUAGUCUAAUUUUCCUCUCCCUGCGUUGUUUUUAAAAAGCACAUUGUAGCCUAAGAUCAAAGUCAACACUUUGUCCCCCUUGCAGAGGCAGCUCUGAAACGUCUCUGACCGUUGGAGGAAAAACAAAUGCUUUUUUUUUUUUUUUUUUCCUCUCCUUAAUUUUCUUUUGGGGGGUGGGUUGGAGGGGUGGCAGGUGUUGGGGAGGGGUUUAAAGCCAAGACUGGGGUAGAAUUUUAAAGAUUCAACACUGGUGUACAUAUGUCUGACUGGGUGAGUUGACUUGUAGCAUCACGCAGUGAUUCUGGACCCUUUCUGCUUGCUGUCUCUCAGAAUUGUUUUCCUACCUUUUAAUGUAAUGACGAGUGUGCUUCAGUUUCUUUAGUAAAACCACUCUCUUGAAUCACGUUACCUUUUGAGAUACGAAACGCCAUAGCACAGCUGUCUUUAUGCAAGCAAGAGCACAUCUACUCCAGCAUGAUCUGUCAUCUAAAGACUUGAAAACAAAAAAGUUACUUAUAGCCAAUGGGUAAGCAGUAUGAAUUUAUACUAAUCAAGACACACCUUUGAAAGGUUACUGUAAGUACAGAACUUUCAAACCUUGCUUUGUAUGAAUUGUACUUUUUGAACAUAAGCUGCACUUUUAUUUUCUAACGCAGAGGAUGAAUAAGUUAAAUACAUGCUUUAAGGAUAGAAGCAGACAUUCUGUUUGGAACCACGUUAUAAUCUGCUUAUUUUACAGUAUACACGUUUCCCUAUGAAAUCAUGGCAGAGAUGUGAGGGCAGAAUAUAUACAACAGAUGCUGAAGGAGAAGGAGGGUAGUAUAUAUAUUUUUUAAUUUAAAAAAGAACAAACAAUUUUAACUCUAUUAACUUUUCCAAAAUUUCCGAUCCUUUUAAUUAACCUCUUCUUAUUGUACCAUAAUGCCACAAAGGGCGAGGGCUUUGACUCUGUUGGGUUUUAUUUGAAUGGGUGCAUAACAGUAACUAGCUCUGGAAACGUUUAUUCUUUGGGGAAAAGGUUUGUCGGUUAUCUUCCCAUGUUCCUACAGAACCCCCACUAACAGGUGCAAGAGUUACGUAAAAGGAAAAGGGAGCUGAAAUGUGAAAAGAAAAAUAACAUACCCCUGUAAGUAGUGAGCGCUAAGGGACUAUACCACGAUGAUUUCAGAGGAGACUGCGCAAAAUCAUCCCUUUUGGAGAAGGAAGGCACAUGGAACAUAUAGGAAUGAAAACACAACACUGUAUCUUUUGUAUCAGUAGCCUCACCACUAUAAGAUCUCGUAUCCAGGGGUCUAAAAUGGCCUCAACCACUAUAUGGAUAAUAUGCCAUUUACCUGAAAACUUAAUUUUGGCCUUUACGUGGUCAGAAAAAUGAACCGGGUUUUCAUCGUUGAGAAGAAACCUCAAAUAGGGGAGUCAGCAGUGAUCGUGGGGGAAAUGUUUACAUAUUCUUCUUUUUCAUCAGAAACAACGUUUUCUGACAAUUUUAUCUGAUAUUUAAAACAGGGAGUUAUGGUGCACUCUAGUUUGUACGUGUGCUAUGAGAUGUGUUGUGUAAACCUGGGGUGAAUUCAUCAUUUCACCUGACACAUGCUUGUUUCCAGUUCAGAACCAGUGUGGGCUCCUGCAGCAGGCAUGGGUCACAGCUGACUCCAACUUCCAAUACAGUAGCCAUCACUAGCACGGUGUUUUUCUUUUGUUUGUUUAACCAGCGUAGUUGUAUUAGUAGUUCUGUAAAGAGAACUGCUUUUAAUAUUAGGGACUGGGAGCAGUCCAUGGGAUAAAAAGAAAAGUGUUUUCUCACGGGAAAACAUGUCAGGAAAAAUAAAGAACACUUUCUACCUCUGUUUCAGAUUUUUGAAACACUUAUUUUAAACCAAAUUUUAAUUUCUGUGUCCAAAAUAAGUUUUAAGGACAUCUGUUCUUCCAUACGAAAUAGGUUAGGCUGCCUAUUUCUUACUGAACUCAUGGAAUGGUUCUGCUUGUGAUCCUCUGCAUGCUGCCUUUUAGUGAGUGAGGAGUUUGGCGUUGCCUAGCAACCCACUAACUUGUACAAACUCAUCUUUCCCUCACAGAACGAAAUGAAGGAAAACCAAGCAAAGUCAGUGAAAGACAAUCUUUGUAGUUUCAGAAGUAAAUCUACAUGUGGCUUUUGUCCAGCACUUAGAUGGAUGUAAAUGCAGCAACUUGU